CGGAUAUAGGGUUGUAAUAAACCCCGCCUCUUCCUUUCUGGACAAGAAUCGUUGGCCAACAUGGCUCCGAUUAAGAAGCAGGUCAUCAAAAAGACCAAAACAGGUGGCAAGAAGAAGAAGCAGGUCCUGAAGUUCACCCUGGACUGCACUCACCCAGUGGAGGAUGGCAUCAUGGAUGCUGCCAACUUUGAGCAAUUCCUGCAGGAGCGCAUCAAGGUCAACGGUAAAGCUGGGAACCUGGGUGGUGGUGUGGUGUCCAUUGAGAGGAGCAAGAGCAAAAUCGCUGUGAAUUCUGAAGUGCCCUUCUCCAAAAGGUAUUUGAAAUAUCUGACCAAGAAGUAUCUGAAGAAGAACAACCUGAGGGACUGGCUGCGUGUGGUGGCCAACACCAAGGAGAGUUAUGAACUGCGCUACUUCCAGAUCAACCAGGAUGAAGAGGAGGAGGAGGACGAAGAUUAAAUCCAUGCCACUGUCUUUUGUCAAUAAAAUUUCAAAGGAACGAAAGCUUCUCACAUGGUUUUAUUUGCUGAUUUGAGACUAAACCUGCACGUUUGAAAAGGUGUACCUACUCUUGCAAUGCGCUGGUUAGACUUGAAAGCCCAUAUUCUUUAUCAUGCAAAAAUGUUUGUGCUCUGUGUUUACAUGGAGUUGUCUGGGGAAAUAUUGCAAGCAAUAAAUGUAUUUGUUACCAA